UUUGAGCGCUGUUGUGUAAUGUGACAGUAUGACCGCUAGGUGGCAGCAACGACGCAUCUGUCGUGAACAACACUUUCUAAGAACAAAAAAAAAAAAAGGAAGAAGAAGGAGAAAAAAGCAAACUACGGAAGGCGGGCAGCUGCUUAGCACAUCAGCGACGACCGGACAUGAACUCUGACGUACAACCUGUAACUUUAUUGUGAGUUUAAAAAAAAAGAGAAAGAAAACACGGAGGAAGCGUAGAAGCCGCUUCCCUCCACCACUCUUCAGCAGAAACAAGGAAGUGAAGCGCUCCACUUUACCGUGAACUGGUGUGUAAAUGUUGACCAUUAGAAGAGAAGUUUCUAUUCUGGGACAUGUUUUCUCCUGAAGCCACUAUGUGCUGAAACAAAGACUUUUCCAACCAGGAUCUGGAUGGUCUACCUCCACCCUCAUUUUCAUCUACCUCUUUAACUCAUUGUUCACUACCUCAGCCCGUGCCUUGUUAAUGCUAUCAUCAUCAGCCAGCUCAGAAGGACCAGCAGAUCCUUCACUUCAUCACCAGGUCUCAGGCGUCAGCCGACCUGUACGUUACAGUUGACCAGCCUUCAUUAUCAGUAUCUUCACCUGCUGAUUAGGAUGGCAUGCCAGAAGAAGCCAUGAUGCGCCCGGGUGUGUGAUGUCUGAGCUCUGCAUUGGACUACGACGAGUGGAAGAACAGGGGCAAAGUCGCAGAGACGUUCCCCGGUUUGUGAUUGGCUGUGAAGAAGAUGAACAUGACAUGGGCCAAAUGGAUGCUGGUAUGAUGAACGAGACCGUUCGAGAAGAGAACAUGGAGGACGAUGAUGAAAACGAGUCGCCGUCGGAGCGACAGAUCGUUGUGGGCAUUUGCUCCAUGAUGAAGAAGUCCAAAUCAAAGCCCAUGACUCAGAUCUUGGAGAGGCUUUGUAAGUUUGACUACAUCGAUGUGGUCAUCUUCCCCGAGGAGGUGAUUCUGGAGGAGCCUGUGGAGAAAUGGCCUCUCUGUGACUGUCUCAUCUCCUUCCAUUCAAAAGGUUUUCCUCUGGAUAAAGCUGUGGAGUAUGCCAAGCUCAGGAAUCCACUGCUCAUCAACGAUCUCAACAUGCAGUAUUUCAUUCAGGACAGGAGAGAAGUGUAUCGGAUCCUUCAGGAAGAGGGCAUCGACCUGCCUCGUUACGCCGUGUUAAACCGAGACCCUGACAAUCCUGAAGAGUGCAACCUGGUGGAGGGGGAUGACCAUGUCGAGGUGAACGGGGAGCUGUUUCCUAAACCUUUUGUGGAGAAGCCUGUGUGUGCAGAGGAUCACAACGUCUACAUCUAUUACCCAACGUCUGCAGGAGGAGGCAGUCAGAGGCUUUUCAGAAAGAUAGGGAGUCGCAGCAGUGUGUACUCACCAGAAAGCAGCGUGAGAAAAACUGGAUCCUACAUCUAUGAGGAGUUCAUGCCAACAGAUGGUACAGACGUGAAGGUUUACACAGUGGGCCCAGACUACGCCCAUGCUGAGGCCAGGAAGUCUCCCGCGCUGGAUGGAAAGGUGGAGCGAGACAGCGAGGGGAAGGAGAUCCGUUACCCCGUCAUGCUCACCGCCAUGGAGAAACUGGUGGCCCGAAAGGUCUGCCUGGCCUUUAAGCAAACUGUGUGUGGGUUCGACUUGCUCAGAGCCAACGGUCAUUCUUACGUCUGUGACGUGAACGGCUUCAGUUUUGUCAAAAACUCAAUGAAGUACUACGACGACUGUGCCAAAGUCCUGGGAAACAUGGUAAUGAGGGAGUUAGCCCCCCAGUUGCACAUCCCCUGGUCCAUCCCCAUGGAGGCUGAAGACAUCCCCAUCGUCCCAACAACCUCAGGAACCAUGAUGGAGCUGCGCUGCGUCAUCGCCAUCAUCCGCCAUGGAGAUCGAACACCAAAACAAAAGAUGAAAAUGGAGGUUCGUCAUCCUCUAUUUUUUGAUUUAUUCAAAAAGUAUGAAGGAUUCAAAAAAGGCAAACUAAAGCUGAAAAAGCCGAAACAGCUGCAGGAAGUUCUGGACAUUGCCCGCCUGCUGCUGGUUGAACUGGGCCAGCAUAAUGAUUGUGAGAUCGAGGAGAAGAAAUCCAAACUGGAGCAACUCAAGACCGUCUUAGAAAUGUAUGGUCACUUCUCAGGUAUCAACAGGAAAGUCCAGCUGACCUACCUUAGAAACGGGCAGCCUAAAGCCUCCAGUGAGGAAGAAGACUGUAAGAAGGACGGUCCAUCUCUGCUCCUGGUGUUGAAGUGGGGCGGGGAGCUGACGCCGGCAGGACGGGUUCAGGCUGAGGAGCUGGGCAGGGCCUUCCGCUGCAUGUAUCCUGGAGGUCAAGGAGAUUAUGCUGGGUUUCCAGGCUGCGGCCUUUUGCGCCUGCACAGCACCUACCGCCACGAUCUGAAGAUCUACGCUUCUGAUGAAGGCAGGGUGCAGAUGACUGCUGCAGCGUUUGCCAAGGGUCUGUUGGCUUUGGAGGGUGAACUGACACCCAUCCUGGUUCAGAUGGUAAAGAGUGCCAACAUGAAUGGAUUGCUGGACAGUGACAGUGACUCUCUGACUGACUGUCAGCAGAGGGUGAAGGCCAGGCUACAUGAGAUCAUGCAGAAGGACCAAGAGUUUACACAGGAGGACUAUCAGAAGCUGGCUCCAACAGGCAGCCCAUCACUGGUGAACUCCAUGAAGGUGAUAGAAAAUCCAGUCAAAACUUGUGACAAGGUUUACGCGCUCAUCCAGCGUCUCACCUCACAGAUUCGAAAGAGACUGGAGGACCCAAAGUCGGCAGAUCUACAGCUUUACCACAGUGAGACGUUGGAGCUGAUGCUACAGCGCUGGUCCAAGCUGGAGAGAGACUUCCGCAUGAAGAACGGACGCUACGACAUCAGCAAGAUCCCAGAUAUUUAUGACUGCAUCAAAUAUGAUUCUCAGCAUAACGCCUCGCUCAGCCUGGAGGACACGUUGGAGCUGUUCAGGCUGUCCCGUGCUCUGGCUGACAUAGUCAUCCCACAGGAGUACGGCAUCAGUAAAGCAGAGAAACUGGACAUCGCUCAGGCUUACUGUGUUCCUCUGAUGGGGAAAAUCCAGCUAGACCUUCAGAGGACUCACGAGGAUGAGGCUGUCAACAAGCUGCACCCCCUGUAUUCUCGUGGAGUCAUGUCUCCUGGGCGUCAUGUCCGCACACGGCUCUACUUUACGAGUGAGAGCCACGUUCACUCCCUGCUCAGCAUGUUCCGCUACGGAGGACUUCUGAAUGAGGAGAAGGACCAGCAGUGGAAACAAGCCAUGGAUUACCUGAGCGCUGUGACUGAGCUCAACUACAUGACUCAGAUAGUCAUCAUGCUGUAUGAAGACAACGAUAAGGACCCCUCCUCAGAGGAGCGUUUCCAUGUAGAGCUUCACUUCAGUCCAGGAGUCAAAGGGUGUGAAGAUGAAGAGAACGUGCCUCUUGGAUUUGGUUUCCGCCCUGCUUCAUCAGAGAAUGAAGACAAGAAGCCCAAUCAGGGCAGUUUGGAGGACCUUUCCCAGGACCAGACCGAUGAGGCUCUCUUUGCUUCAGAGCCAAUUAACAUCCAGAGAAAGUCUCCAAUGAUCCGCAAUCGGAAGGCAGGCUCCAUGGAGGUCCUUUCUGAGACCUCCCCCAAUCAUUCCACCAAAGGCUGCAUGCCCCAUCGACUCUUCCAUUCUUCUUCGCGCCAGUCUCCUGAGAUCAAACCAACGAGCGGCUUAGGCUCGCUCUGCUCUGGCCUCUUCAGUGCCUCAGCCCUCGGGGUGUCCUGUAGCGCCCCCAACCUGCGGGAUUACGUCCGCACGCACCACCACCACCGAAAGCCACCUCUGUCCCCCGGCAGUCUGCCAUGCAAGAUUGGCAUGUUUGAGCUGCUCUCUAUGCCGGCAGUAAAGAGAUUUUCUGUGUCGUUUGCCAGGCAUCCGACCAAUGGAUUCGAAGGUUGCUCCAUGGUGCCAUCUAUUUACCCACUAGAGACACUGCACAACUUGCUCUCCCUGAAGCAGGUGGAAGAGUUUCUCAGAAAGGUGUGCGAGAGCUGCGAGGCCCAAACCAAAACUAUGAAAACCCUCUCCGGUUUGUUCAACUCCCGAAGCCAAACGUCUCUGGACAGUCCGCGGCCGCCUCUGUCCUCCUCCGAGUCUGAGGCGUCUCUCCAACCACCAAGCCAGCCUCUGUGGCAUGGCAGCAUACCUUCCAGCACCGUCUCCAGCGCGGGCCCUUCGUCCCCAGUCACGGACAGCUCUGGUUUGAACUUCAGCUUUAGUGAGUAG